CAUUCUCAAGAAAUUUCAGUUACUAUCAAGAUUUUUCACAAAAGAUGGACAAACAAUCUGCUAAAAGAACAAUGGUUACUAAUGAAGAAGGUAGGAGUAUUGGCAUUAAUGAAAUAUUUGCUGAUGAAUGUCGCAUCACAAUUCAUCAAGAUUCAAUCUCGAAUUCUCAAGAAAUCAGUGAAAAUGAGAGACAGUGGCUACAUACAUUGGAGAAGAGAAGAGGGGACAUUGGCUCAUUGCAGAAGCCAAAAAUUCAAAAGGUGCCAAAAAUGCAUCGCGAGAUUGAAGCAAACAUAAGGUGCUAUGAGCCCCUUGUGGUUUCCAUCGGUCCAUUUCACCAUGGCAAACCAAAACUUCAACUUAUGGAGAAGCGCAAGGAGUUACUGGCGAUUCAGUUUGCUGAUCAAGAUAGUACUAAAGAAAGACCUGAAGGGGUCUUAAAAUGGCUUCCGACAACUUCAGUGUCCAUUGAUGUGCUUUACAAAAAGGUCAAGAACAUUAUGCCGAAUGUCAGGGAGUGUUAUGAUGAUGAAGUGAUCAAAAAGUACAGCCACGAGGAGUUUGCACAGAUGAUGCUCCUGGAUGGAUGCUUCAUCCUCCAAUACUUUCACUGCAUUGUCACCGGCAAUUAUAAGGAGCUCAAAAUGAAGAGCCAUGAUAUAGCUUUCAUUCGUCGUGAUCUUUUCUUACUUGAGAAUCAGUUACCAUUUGAAGUCUUGCAGGUGCUAAUGAGCUGUAAGUUCAAGAAUAAUGAUGGAAUGGGGAUGAUAAAAAAGUUCAUCUCGAGUGCACAUAUAAAACAAACUCCACCUCACGGAUUCAUUCAAAUUAUCAAGGAAUUCUUUCUUGAGGUAUUUGGGGGAAGUCCCCAUCCUGAAAGAUGCACAUGUACUCAUAAAGUCAUGAACUUUUUUCACAAGAUUUGUGGAGGAGAAGAGUCUUCCGAUACCAAACAAGAAAGCAUGAAAAUUCGGCUUCCUGCUCAUCUCCUCGAGCUAUUAAAAACAUACCGCAUAGACCCGAAGGCUUUCUCUGAAGGUGGAUGUUAUCUAACAGGUGAGUGGUGCUCAUAUCGUUCAGCCAUGGAGCUGCGGAGAGCAGGAAUCCAUUUCAGGCCUGGAAAGAGUCGUCGUCUUUCAGAUGUUAAGUUCACUUCAUUUCAUUGUUCAGGUCAAUUAACACUUCCACCUAUAACCAUAGAUGAUUCUACCAAGUCGGAGUUUUUAAACUUGGUCGCAUAUGAAGCAUGUCCUGAUACACCAGAUGACUUUGCAAUUACAUCUUAUCUUAGCUUCAUGGAUUCUCUUGUCGAUCAACCAGAAGAUGUGAAGGAGCUGAGAUCAAAAGGUAUACUUCUGAACUUUCUUGGAAGUGAUCAAGAAGUGGCCGAUCUCUUCAAUGAGAUAGCAAGGGAUUUGGUGCCUAAUCCACAUGCCUAUGUUGAUGUGAAAGCCAAAAUUGAGAAUCAUUACAACAACAAAGGCAAGAUUUGGAUUGCUGAGUGGAAAAACACUCAUUUUAAUACCCCAUGGACUGUUGUCGCGUUUAUUGCAGCUCUUUUUGUCAUUUGUUUGCAAGUUUCUGAUACAUUACUCGCCGGCGUCCAGACCUAUUAUGCGACUCAUCAAAAAGGCAACAACUAAUGUAGGAUUGAACACAAACUACUUUUUUUUUUCCAUGAUAGGUAUUCCUGAAUGUCAUGUUUGUUGAAUUCAUCGUUUUUCUUUUUUACGUACUUUGUUACUAUGAUACUGAUUGAUCUUUAUACUCUUGUUUAUGUAUACAAACUAGUACUAUUUUGUUUUGUUUUGUU